AUGAUGCCACAAUCUACUAGCCAUUCAUACUCGCUCUCAACAACAUUGCUUCUCGUCCUCGUGUUGACACUAGGACUGUUUCCUAAUCUCUUCCAUUCUAUCUGGACGCUCCCUUUGUCGCUCCUACCGUUUGCCCGUACCCGCACCGGCACAGAAGGCGCCAGCAUCUUGUCGUGGACCCAGAAGGAAUUCAAACUACCCGCCCAGGCGCGCGGCUCCUAUCUCAUUACUGACGAGGUACUGAGAUCAGUGCCCGAGAUCAGGAAAUAUAAAUCUGGCCUGCUCAGCCUCUUUAUCAAACACACCAGCUGUGCGCUGAGCCUGAACGAAAAUUUUGAUAAAGAUGUCAGGACUGACAUGAGUAAUGCUCUUGACCGCAUCGUGCCUGCAGCUGACACGAAGGACGAGAGUCUCUACAAGCACAAUGCUGAGGGCUCGGAUGACAUGCCGGCCCAUAUCAAAUCUGCUCUCGUAGGAGCCAGUGUCACUAUCCCCAUCAAGGACGGUAAGCUACAAACCGGACAAUGGCAAGGAAUCUGGUUUUUGGAAUUCCGCGCGUCUAAGCACGAACGUGAUGUGAUUGCCACCAUCCAAGGCGAGAAGGCAUGA